ACACAGGAGGAGAAUCUCCUCAUCUUCACUACAGACCCACCGACUGCUCCAGCGGCGACAGUUUCUUCAAUAAUGACGGAAAAAACUUUUUGUUUAAGUGAGACAGGUCAGAUACACUGAGAUACCUGAGACAGGUGAGACAUAAGUGAGUCAGGUGAGAGACAGGUGAACCAGGUGAAGAUGUUGGGUCUGCUGCUGGAGCUGUUGCUGGUGCUGCUGAAGGUGAUAUGGGCCAUUGUGGUGGCGGCGGGCCGGUGGGUGGCGCGGCCCCGGGAGAAGCGGGUGACCGGACAGGUGUGUGUGAUCACGGGCGCAGGUGGGAAGCUGGGACGCCUGUUUGCUCUGGAGUUUGCUCGGCGCCGGGCUGUCCUCGUACUGUGGGACAUCAACCCCCGAAGCAACGAGGAGACCGCCGAACUCGUCAGACAGGUGUACCGGGAACAGCGCCAGAUACAGUCGGCCGACACCGAGCAGGGUGGUGUGGAGGAGGUGCAGGCGUUCGAGCCGCAGGUCUACACGUAUGUGUGUGACGUGGGGAACCGUGAGAGUGUGUACUCCACCGCAGAGCGUGUACGGCGUGAGGUGGGCGAUGUGGACCUGCUCAUCAAUAAUGCUGGUGUGGUUUCGGGACAGCACCUGCUUGAGUGUCCUGACGAACUCAUCGAGAGGACCAUGGUGGUUAACUGCCACGCCCACUUCUGGACCACCAAGGCGUUCCUGCCCAGGAUGUUGGAGUUGAAUCACGGCCACAUAGUGACAGUCGCCAGCUCAUUGGGCCUCUUCAGCACAGCCGGGGUCGAGGAUUACUGUGCCAGUAAAUUUGGCGCUAUUGGAUUUCACGAGUCUCUCAGCCAUGAGAUCCAGGCUUCAGAGAAGGACGGGAUUAAGAUGACCCUGGUGUGUCCCUACCUGGUGGAUACCGACAUGUUCCGCGGCUGCAGGAUACGUAAGGAGAUCGAGCCGUUCAUGCCCCCGCUGAAGCCUGAAUUCUGUGUGAAACAGGCCAUGAGGGCCAUCCUGACCAACCAGCCCAUGAUCUGCACACCACGCAUCGUCUACAUGGUCAACUUCAUGAAGAGUAUUUUACCGUUCGAGGCGAUCGUGUGUAUGUACCGGUUCCUGGGAGCAGAUAAGUGCAUGUAUCCCUUCCUGGCUCAGAGAAAAGAAGCCAUGAACAACAACGAGGCCAAGAACGGGAUCUAAAUCCUACACUUCCUGUUACACCAAGAGGAUACCACCACUGAAAGAAAGAGAGAGAGAGACUGGUGCUUCUGCAUUGAUUGGAUGAGAUGUUGACUGUAUUGUUCCUCUGGAACUGAGAACUGAGGAUUGAUCCCUCCUAAAAAAUCACACCUUCUCCUCUGUACCCCUCCAUCAUAGCCUCAUUAUUCUUAUUAUGUUACUGUAUGAGCAGAGGGAGUCUGAUGUCACUUCCUGUUUGUACACAUGCACUGUACAAGGACUUUCUCUGAACUGCCACCAACUCGAACCCUCACACCUGAGACCGCACCUCACCUGGAUCACAUGGUGCUCUGAGCCUAUCGGUCCUUUAACACUCAGCAUAUAGAAAUGUAAACACCUGAUCUUCUCUUCACAAAAUACCUCCCCCCCCCCCCCCCCCCUCCCCCCCUCCCCCCCAUGAGCAGAGACAGAGAGUCCGCUGAUCUGUAAGUCCACUGUCAAUGCUAAUCAUGACGCCAGUAAUGCCAGCAGUCAUCACAUGAAUGUUAUGAUCACAGGUGAGCAACGCCACAGUGUUCAGUAACGCUGCCUAGCUAACGGUAAGAGGUAAUAGUGGCUAAUGUUGUGAUCCUACAUGCUGUAACAUCAUUACUGUUACCAACAUGAGUGAUGAUGUCAGAAAUCCUUCUUUUACUAGUGAUGCUGUAGUACCACACUGGCAGUGUUAAUGAUGUCACUGAUGAUGUUAGUAAGUAACGUAAUGGUAACGUGAUGUCAUUAAUGUUACUAUAAGCUUCGUUACGGCCUCAUUCCGUUACUGUUGUCAGUUAUAUAAUUGCUGUUGAUUCUAAUGAACUCUGUACCAGGUGAAUGUGUGAUGUCAUUAAUGUUAUCACAGGUCACAUGACGUGUGCUUUGUGAAGAGAGAAAUCAGAUCUGUUGUACAGUAACAAUGUGAAACACCCCCCUACACACACACACACACACACAGUGGUUGGCGAGUUUGAAGGCAGGACGAGGUGUGUGUUUAUAUUUUUAUAUUUGCAGUUUUUGUAGUUGUUGUUGUUAAUCAGUCAGAAUGAAUCAGUGAGUGAAUGAAUGAACAAAACCUGAAGUGUGUAUAAAAUAAUCCUCGUUUCAUUUGUAUCGACUUAACUGUAAAAUAAUAAUGUGUUAAACAUGGCUUAUAAAUCUG